CAACUGCCUCAGAGUCAAGUGUCUCCGGAGAUCCUCGGAGCAGAAGAAAACCUUUCUCUUCGGCGCAUUCGUCCGUUCGAGUUCAAAACCCCACAGGGAAACUCGUGUGGGCUACAGAAUGCUUUGGUCUUAUGGUUAGUUGGGGCUGUCAAAUUGGAGUGGUGGUCAUUCUUGCACGUAUGAACAAUCAUCCUCUUUCAGACUGGCCAGCCAAUGUAUCACUCAACGCCAUGGUCGCUGUUCUGAGCACUAUCUCCAGAAUGACACUCCUCGCUCCAGUGGCGGCUUGCAUAAGCCAAACGAAGUGGCGGACCUUUCAAGUCCCCAAUAGACUUAGAGAUUUCGAAAUACAGGACGAGGCAAGCAGAGGAUUGUAUGGUGCUUUAUUACUACUAUUUAGUCGUUGGCCUUCAAAACUCGCGGCCACGGGUGCUGUUGUCACGUUGGCUGCAACUGCUUUUGGGCCUUUCACUCAACAAAUUCUGAGCUUCGAAUCGAGGGAUCUGUUCUUGCCGAACACUUCGGUUUCUUUUGGGUUUAGUAGGGAAUACGCAACAUUGGCAAACACGUCUCAAUCAGAAUCAUUUUAUAUUCCGGUUGGAGAUCUCGAUUGGACGAUGCGCGGCGCAGUCACCAAGGCUCUGUACAAUAUGGAUAUUACACCCGAGUUCAACUGUUCAUCCACAUGUAUGUGGAACGGCGUCUACAACACUCUGGGAUUCAACAAUAAGUGCGAAAAUGUCACGGCAGUGACCCUGGAGACAAGACAAUGCCAGCAUCCUAGCCCUUCGUUUUAUAAUUGCUCAAUGACCACGCCUGGCAACACCACGAUCAAGACCAACUUCAUCCAAACACAAGAGCAGACCACCAAAUUCAUCUCAAGCAGCACGCAUUCGAGCUGGUCUCUGAGGAGAUGGCAGUGGUACCCAGGAAUAACAGAUCAAGGCCUUGACUUUGUCCACAUUGCUCAAUAUCUGGUAGAGCCGGACAUCAACAAGUUUGACACUUUCGCGCCAAACAUCACCGAGUGCACUAUUAGCAUGGCGGCAUGGUCACUUAGCGAUGCUGUCGCUCGUGGAAACUCUUUUGAUACGAACAAGACUGAGAUUGCCUUGGGUCAGAACCUGUCAAUCCGCUCUUGCGAAAGGAUCACGGACAAAAGAUGCCAGUACGCACAGCUAAACGCUACCGAGAAUGGACUUUCCUUUGAGAUCAACAUGUAUGACUGGAUGGCCAUCACGGCGUUCAUCACGUCCCAACUGUCCGACAUCGAGGAGAAGACCACUGAGGUUUUGUCAGACUGGGAGAAGGAAGCAUCCCCAAUCUUGGCCUCGUCCGCCGGCGACAUAACCGACUGGGUGCCACGAAUGACCCAGAGCAUGACUGACACCCUGCGCUCCGGCACAAACAAGCAGCUGGCUUAUGGAAGCAGCCUGGAGUCGAUCGUCUACGUUCAGGUGACAUGGGUAUGGGCGAUACUGCCAUUCGCUACAGAGAUCUGUGCGCUGAUCUUACUGGUCUUGACGAUCUGGGAAUCUAGAGCUAGCCGGGGCAUUCCGCUUUGGAAGUCGUCUGCUGUGGCCAUGUUGUUCCAUGACAUACAUGAGUCCAGCCACGAGACUACGCCACUUGUGCUAAGUACCCGCCUGCAAAGCAAAGCAGAUUUGAAAGCGGUAUUGAAUCAGACAGCAAGACUCAGCUCCUGGCAGCUCGAGCAAAAUGAUGAUUUGGAGACCGACCUGGAAUAA